GUCGAUGUUAAUGCUACAUGGGAGGAAUUGAAGAGUCCGUUGGAAAUCAUGGCUGGUUACCACCAAUGACUUUGGUUGAUGGUGAAAUCUGGAUUGUUGGUGGAUGUUGGGGAUCCAACACAAAAACAGUGGAAAAGUAUGAUUCUCUGCGAAACCAGUGGGCAAAAAUGAAGAGCAAGAAUGUUGAAUGUGAUGGCCCUGUAGUCAUCUGCAUGCAAGGAAGCAUUUAUAGUUUGGGAGGAGAGGAAGGAUCAAGAAAAACCAACAAAGUAGAAUGCUUCAAUCUAAAUACGUCAACAUGGAGCUUCAUUUCACCAAUGCUGAAUGCAAGAUCUGUACCUGCUGCUGUUGAAUUCCAGAAUCGACUUUAUGUGCUUGGUGGAUAUUCUGAGGGAUAUCUGAAAACUGUUGAAGCAUACGAUCCAUCAUCCAAUUCCUGGACCAUGUUUGCACCGAUGAUAUCUGCUCGUCAACUUCCCAACAGCUUUGUUUUCAACGGGAACAUUUAUGCAGUUGGUGGAUAUGGUUCAAGAAAAACCAUGGAGAAAUACGAUUCCGAAGAGAAAACCUGGGUGACGGUUGACAUUCCUAAAGAUAUGAACCUUGAUAUUAUGGAGUCAGUGAAUAUAAAAGCCAUAUGAAUGUUUGUACCAACCAUAUUGACUUUCAAACGUUCCACAGCUCCUAAUUCUUCAUUUCAAUCACUAUCAUUUUUGUAUUUUGUUAUUCAAAUAUUCUUUCUUUUGAAAUUAUAAUUUCAACUCAGUCCUUGAAUAUCGCAAAAAAUAUUAAAUUACUCUUUAUGCAUAGUGAGGGAGGCAAAAAGAGUCCCAAAAUAAGAAAAGGGAGGAAUUUAACGAAAAAGGUUGGGAACCACUGCACUAGGCUAAGGGCUACUUGGUUUGCAAUAUUUUACACUUGGGGCUCUAUUUUUAAUCACUGGGAUAAAUAUAAAAAUCCUAUUUUACAUUCCCUGUUUUUUUUCAAUAAUUCCUGAUAUAAUGAAACCCAUUAUGAGUUUCUUUAUUCUAUGAUAUUUGUUUCCACUGUUUGUUAGAUUUCCUAUGUGUAUUCUGUUCACUUCAACAAUAACAAUCAAUCUUAUUCGUGGAAUUCCUCCAUACUUGUAUAUGUAGUACAUUUGGAGGAGGAUUUCUAGUUCGACAUGGUCUGAAUUAACUUCAAGUUAAAUUAAAUGGGUUAGUUUGUAAAAAUUGUCAUAUAAUAUUGUUCUUGUUGCGAUAUCAUUCAGUCUAAGGUUAUGAUACGCCAGUUAUAUAGAAUUUCAACAUCAGUCCCAUAUCAUCUGAAUUACUUUUAUGAAUGCAAGUAUUCUUAUAUACCUAUAAUGAAGUUAUAGAUACUUCACCUGAAUUUUAUGUUCAACCCUUGAAAUAGUUGUCCUAAUUAAAGUUUAAUGGUUUUAUUCUCAAAUAUGCAUUUUCUGUUGAAUGAGUUGUAUGUUGGAGAUGAAUACAUUUUCUAAGGCAAAUCUCGUAUAGACAGUCAAUUUAAAUUGAAUUAAUUUUUUUA